AUGCGGCGCAUAGUUAUACUCGGCUCUACCGGAUCAAUCGGGCGUCAAACCCUGGACAUUGUCCGGGCGUUCCGCCAAGAGUUUGAAGUGAUCGGUUUGGCGGCUGGCAACAAUACCGCCCUGCUUCUCGAGCAAGUAGCCGAGUUCACCCCUGACUACAUUUGGUGCUCUAACCCUCCGGCGGAGAUGCCGGACGGCACGAAGAUACUGCCGAUGGCGGAGAUGGCGUGUCUUCCGGAGGUGGACCAGGUGAUGGUCGCCUUGAUGGGCGCGGUUGGCUUGGCCCCGACGAUGAGCGCCCUGCGUGCGGGGAAGCAGGUCGCGCUGUCCAACAAAGAACCGAUCGUGAUGGCCGGUCAGAUCCUGAAGGCAGCGGAAGCAGAAUACGGGGGAGUCAUCCUUCCGGUGGACAGCGAGCCCAGCGCUAUCUGGCAGUGCCUGCAGGGAGAAGACAACCACAUCCGGCGUUUGAUGAUUACCGCCAGCGGCGGACCGUUUCGGCGCACGCCGCUGGACGAACUGGAUAAGGUCACUCCCGAGCAGGCGCUCCGGCACCCGACCUGGCGAAUGGGCGACAAGAUUACCAUCGAUUCCGCCACGCUCAUGAACAAGGCCUUUGAGGUAAUCGAAUCGCGUUGGCUGUUCUCCGUGCCGUGGGAAGACAUCGCGGUGGUAGUGCAUCCCCAAAGCACCAUACAUUCCAUGGUGGAGUUCGACGACGGAUCGGUGAAGGCUCAGUUGGGGCCACCGAGCAUGCGUUUGCCCAUACAGUACGCCCUGUUCCACCCCAAGCGUUUUGCCAACGACGAGAUACCUCGUUUGGACAUCGGGGCUCCGUGGUCGCUGGACUUCGAACCGUUGGAGCCAAAGCGUUUUCCCUGUUUUGACCUGGCGGUCUCUGCCGGCAAGACCGGGGGCACAAUGCCCGCCGUGCUGAGCGCCGCAGAUGAGGUGGCGGUGCAGGCCUUCCUGUCCGGCAGCAUUGGUUUUACCGACAUCUACAGGUUGGUUGACCGAGUGCUCAGCGAACACAAUCCUCAGCCAUCGCCGAAUUUGGAUGCUAUAUUAGAUGCAGACCGCUGGGCCAACCGGCGCGCUGCCGAGAUCGCGAGCAGCGGGGUGAAUUAG